UAUCAGAGAAAGGGCAGAGAGUUAGGGUCUUCCUUCUUCAGGACAUAAUCAGAGUGGUUGAUAUAUUCCUGGAAGAAGAGGCUCUUUAUUCCAACUUGAAGAAGAAGCAGACCAUCAAUCUCAGGGAAGAAGGGACAAUGAAAAGAGUGAGAAAUGGAUUCAAAGGUCUGAGCGAGGCCGUGAAGCUAGCACCUGGAAUGUGGACAGCAAUGCUUCUACGGAUGUCAAGGAAACCUGAGAUUAUCAUUUGAGAUUUUGCAAAACCAAAAAAAAAAAGAAGAAAAAUGGGAUAUGCGGAGUUGGUGCAGUCGUAUUCAAACAAGAUGCGGGUUGUUGAAGCCCCAGCGAGUGGAGGCGGUCUCAGCCAGAACGGAAAGUUUAGCUACGGAUAUGCAAGCUCAGCUGGGAAGAGGUCAUCUAUGGAAGACUUCUUCGAGACUAGGAUCGAUGGUAUCGAUGGUGAAAUCGUUGGUCUCUUCGGAGUCUUUGAUGGCCAUGGUGGAGCCAGAGCAGCUGAGUAUUUGAAACGCCAUCUUUUCAGCAAUCUUAUCACUCAUCCUAAGUUCAUUUCUGACACCAAAUCUGCUAUAGCUGAUGCUUAUAAUCAUACAGACUCUGAACUUCUCGAGUCAGAGAAUAGUCACACUAGAGACGACGCUGGUUCAACUGCCUCUACAGCUAUUCUCGUUGGCGAUCGUUUACUUGUUGCAAAUGUUGGUGAUUCCAGAGCUGUUAUCUGUAGAGCCGGAAACGCCUUUGCUGUGUCAAGAGACCAUAAACCUGACCAAAGUGAUGAGCGUGAACGGAUUGAGAAUGCUGGUGGUUUUGUCAUGUGGGCAGGGACUUGGAGAGUUGGAGGAGUGCUUGCAGUUUCUCGCUCGUUUGGUGAUCGACUUCUGAAACAGUAUGUUAUUGCUGAUCCAGAGAUUCAGGAAGAGAAGAUUGAUGAUUCUCUUGAGUUUCUGAUCCUUGCCAGCGAUGGAUUAUGGGAUGUUUUCUCCAACGAGGAAGCUGUAGCAGUGGUGAAAGAGGUUGAAGAACCAGAGGAGUCCACCAAGAAACUUGUGGGAGAAGCAAUAAAGAGAGGCAGUGCGGACAAUAUUACAUGUGUAGUUGUCCGUUUUCUGGAGAGCAAGACUGCUAACAUCAAAGCUUCCGACAUAUCCUCAACACGUUCCAGCUCAUCUCAGGAAGCAAAUCAAGGGGAAACCGCAGUUAGAGAUGACUCAGACCACAAGAUGUCAACCAAACAAACCAAUCAAGACCAUACCGCAGUGCACUUGGACCGUAAUGCUGAGGUUGAAGCUAGAAGCGACGAUUCCGGUCGCAUCAGCUCGAAUCAAAAGCCAGUUGAGAAUACAGCAGCAGGAAGCAGUGUUUCUUCAGAACAAAGUGGCUCAGCAGGAGAAAAUAACCAACCUGGUCAAGGGCACAUCACAGUACACAACAGUUUGGACCGGACCGUUGCUAAUCAAAAUCCAACCGCAGCUCACGGUGACUCCACAACAAGCAAGGCAAGUGGCUUUCCCUCUUAUCAAUAACUAAAAUGUCAACACUAACUUCAGAAUGAUCUGUUUUGAGAAAUGCAUGUCUCGAGAUUUUGCUCGACUAAGUUGUGUCCUUCAUGUACGUUUUUUUUCUUUCCUGUCGUUUCUUUCUCUUGUUUCCUGAGGUUCUAACUCCAAUAAUGUAGUUUGUAAACUUUUUUUUUAAUUGUUGAACUAGUCACUCUUAUUUUACCAUGUGAUGUCUACACCUUACCUCUGUAUGGUUCAAAGAGAGAAUACCCAAGCAAGCUUUCAUUGUUUGGGUGCUUAUGUGGGAUCGGCUAUCCACGCGUGACAAGCUUCUGAAUUGGGGUAUCUCGGUUUCUCCAGAUUGCGUUCUUUGUGGUUCUCUGCAUGAAACAAGCUCUCAUUUAUUUUUUGAAUGCUCCUACUCAACUGAGGUCUGGCUCUCCUUCUUUACCCAUCCAUCACUAUCUCCCCCCAUAUCAUACACAGCAGCAUUACUUUGGCUUCGGAGUUGCUCCUCUAACCCCAAGCUCAAAGCGAUCUGCCACCUACUCUACCAGACCACCAUCUAUAGUCUUUGGCGGGAGCGGAACUCAAGAAUACAUUCAGGUACUCCCAAGCCUUCUCGUGUCAUUAAAAAAGACAUCACUACUUUGUUGAGAGCAAAGUUAGCAGGUCUUGAUCAGGCGGCAACUCGUUCUACCAGUAGCCGUUCGGCGGGUUCCAAUAAUGGACAAGGAUCAUUCUUGUACAAUUGGUUCAUGUUCAUUCAGAUAUAAUCUCAUCUUCUGCAUCAGAUGUCAAGGCCACUUCAAUCAUAUAUGCUCACACGUGUUUUAGCUUAUGCUCUUUUGUUUUGCUUCAGCUUCUAUUCUAAACUGAUAUUUGUAAAAUGAUAUCUCUUUUCGGAAGAUAAAUGAAAGAAGUAUUUAAAAAAAAAAAAAAAAAAAAAAAA